UUUAUAUUCCGGUGUAACAUCAGAAAAAGAUACUGUUGCAUUCAGUCGUUGUAUAGCUAUGUGAAAGGCAACAUCGUCCUAUUAGAUCUCCAAUAUCUAUGGUUUAAAACGUUGACCAUUCUAAUGCUUUCUCGUUAAACUUAAAUUGUUACACGGAAGUGAAAAUCGAAGUGGGAGAUUUAGAGGAACAACAAAUCUCUCCGAAAGAACAAAACAUGAAGUCAAAAGAAUGUCAAAUCGAUAUAGAAUCGGAAUUAGAUGAUCCCACAAUGGCACAAUCUAAUGAAAAAAUGAUAAUGGAUUAUGCAAGUCUUGUUGAACGUACACGAAAUGUAUUUAUUAAUGGUAAGACAAGAUCAUUAAAAUGGAGACAAACACAAUUAAAACAAACACUACUUAUGAUACAAGAAUGUAAACAGGAAAUUAUAUCUGCUCUUGCUUCUGAUUUACGCAAGUCUAAAUUUGAAUCUGUUAUUAUGGAAAUAAAUAUUGUUGAAGGAGAAAUCAAACAUUUGCUCAUGUCUCUUAAGGAAUGGUCAGCUGAUGAAAAACCUCCAAAAGACAUGGUUAACAUAAUGGACAGAAUUGAAAUUAAGAAAGAUCCAUAUGGUGUGGUUCUUAUUAUAGGACCAUGGAAUUAUCCUUUCCAAUUAAUUAUGGCUCCUUUAGCAGGUGCAUUAGCUGCUGGAAAUUGUACUAUUGUUAAACCAUCAGAAGUAUCUUCUGCUACAGCGAAACUUAUUGCAGAUAUUAUUCCUAAAUAUUUAGAUCAAGAAUGUAUUCAUGUAAUAUUAGGAGGAAUUUCUGAAACAACAGAAUUACUUAAGCAAAGAUUCGAUUAUAUUUUUUAUACAGGUUCAUCUAGUGUUGGAAAAAUCAUUCAUCAAGCAGCAAAUAAAUUUUUAACACCGAUAACAUUAGAACUUGGUGGUAAAAGCCCUGUAUAUAUAGAUAAUACAGUAGAUAUGGAUAUAACUGUGAAAAGAGUACUUUGGGGCAAAUGUGUUAAUGCUGGACAAACAUGUAUUGCACCUGAUUAUAUACUUUGUACUGAAGAAAUUCAAAAUAAAUUUGUAACAAAGGCAAGAGAAAUUCUAAAAGAUUGGUAUGGUAAUAAUCCAAAGGAAAGUCCAGAUUUAUCACGUAUAAUUAAUGAACAUCAUUAUCAGCGUCUCAUCAAAUAUUUAAAUAAUGGUAGAAUAGUAAUAGGUGGUGACUGUGAUCCUAAUGAAAAAUAUAUCUCUCCAACUAUUCUUGUUGAUGUCAAAUCUACAGAUCCUGUGAUGCAAGAUGAAAUAUUUGGUCCAAUAUUACCAAUCAUAAAUGUGAAUAAUGCUUAUGAAGCAAUUAAAUUUAUAAAUAAUCGUGAAUCUCCACUCGUAAUAUAUAUAUUUUCCAAGGACAGGGGAGUUCAGGAUUUAAUAAUAAAUCAAACUCGUAGUGGAAGCGUAGGAGUAAAUGAUACAAUAAUGCAAUAUUGUGUUGACAGUAUACCAUUUGGUGGUGUUGGCAAUUCUGGUAUGGGAUGUUAUCAUGGAAAAUAUACUUAUGAUACCUUUGUACACAAAAAAGGUUGUCUUAUUAAAUAUUUCAAUAAACUAGAAGAAGCAUUGGCAUCAGGCCGUUAUCCGCCAUAUUCUGAUAAAAACUUAUCUUUCUUACAAAUUCUAAUGGCAAAACGGCCUGACAUACCUGGAAUUAAAUAUUUUCCACAUCUUUUAGCAUUUGGUUUGGGAAUUCUUGCCACAUACAGUGUUUUAAUUUUAUUAAAGGUAUAUAAAUUUAGGCGAAAUAAUGCAUUUAUUAAUUUGUAAUAAUUUCAUUUAUUAUAUUAUAAUAUUAUAAUAUUAUAAUCUACUGCACAAAAAAUUAUUGCACAAUAUAUUUAUAGAAUUGAAUUUUAUAAGUAUAAAAUAUAAUUUGAAUUAAAUUGAAAAUUAUAAUAAAAGUAUAAUUUAAUUUUUAUCUUUAUUUAAUGAUUUAUUUUUGAAAAUAUAUAAAUCUAAAAAAUUUGAAUUUAUAUUUGAAAUUUGAAAAUUAUAUUUCAUUAUGUAUAAAAAAAAUUUAUUAGAUUAAAAAAUUGAAAUUUUAUGUAAUAGGAUGUAUAUUUGAGAAAUGUUAUCAUUCAUUAUAUUAACACUAUAAUUAAAUCAAUAAAGAUAAAAAAUUGCAUAUAUAUAUAUACAUAUAUAUAUAUAUUACAAUUAAUUUUACCUUUUUUUUCCUAAACAUUGAUUAAUAUAAUAAAAAUAUUUUUUCAGAUUCAAGAAGAAAAUCAUUAAUGGAUUUCUAUCGACUUAUCAAUUACAAACUCUAUAUAACACAAAUUAUAUAUAAUUUUAUUAUAUAUACAAUAAUUAAAUUUAAUUUAGUGAAAUGUAUGAUCAACUUUAGCUUUUCUAUAUAAUGUAAAAAAAUCAAUAUCUUUUCCUUUUUUAAUUUAAUUAAUUUCACAAAAAAAUCCAGAAUAUAAUUUAAAUAAUGUAUGUUUAUAAUGAUUAAGAAUUUAAAUUAAAAUGAAAUUUUUUUGUAAAAAAUUGAUAAAAAAUAUAAUUAUUUUUUAUUAUUAAUUAUUUUUAAUAGAAUUUCACUAUUUUUAAUUAUGUAUUUUUUUAUAUAGAGUUUAUAUUUCAAUAAUGUGAAUAAAUUACAUAUUAAAUAGC